AUGAGCUAUCGUCGCAAGAAAGAUUCUGCAAGAGGAAAUCGUGGUAGCGGUAGUGAUGCUUCUCAACGUCCUAUUGGUAAUAACAGAGAUCAAGUAGUUCGCAACCCAUUAGAUAUAGAAAGAGAAAAUGAUGAUUUCAUGCAAGGCAAAGUAAUGCCUAUGUUGGAAACUUUGGUCCUGAGAAAUUCGUUAGCUGAUAACAAUACGUCUCAAGCGGAAUUACUUAGAGACGAUCCUAAUUCUUUUAUACCUACAUCAAUUGGACAAUUUUUCUUGGUGCUUGUAAGACUAUGUAAUUUUAUGCUUAGUCGAUUAAAAGAAGCUGCGAGCAAUGAGACAAUGCAUAAUAUUGACCAAAAAAUGUCGGAAGAACCAAGGGAGAUCGUAUUGUUUACUGGCAAAGAUCAAAGAAAUUAA